AUGCUCUUCCCAUACAUUUGUACUACUGGCUCCCACGUCCUGAGCGUGCGCCCGCAUGACACAGUGAGCGCUCUGAAAAUACUCAUCCAGCAGAAACUAGGGUUUUCAUGUGAGUCCCAGAAGCUGGUCUUUGAGAACGGCUGCAGCACAACUCUCAACAACGACUCUGCGACCCUCGAGUCCUACGGCCUGCACUCCGGGGCCAGGGUGAACCUGCUGGUGACCACACCAGCCAUAAUCCAGGUGUUCCUCAAAAACGACAAGGGGGUAAGCAGCACGUAUGACAUCAAACCGGAUGAGACGGUGAGCCACUUCAAGAGCAGGGUGGAGGAGAGAGAGCGGGUCCCGGUGAGCCAGCAGAGUCUCGUCCACGAGGGCAAAGUGAUGAACGAGGGGAAACUCUCCGACUACAACGUCCGAGCGCAUAGCACCAUCUCCCUGAACCUGCGCCUGAGAGGAGGCUGUGGACACUGGAGAUUCCUUUAUUUCAUCUUAAAAUGA